CUGAGCCUCCGACGGAAAAAAGAAGUGGUGACUGGUGAAUAAGUUCAUGCACAUAGUUUUAGACGAUAGUGCAUACACACUAAGGUGGAGAUUACAAUACAUGAUGAUGCCAUUAGAUAUUUAAAGGACCAAAUGUGUCCAAAUCCAGUUUGUAGAUGGUGAUAUUAAAGAAUUUGGUCUGGUGCCAUGGGGAGCUACUUUUGGACCGGUGGUGCCUUUUGGCAGUUAGAGCAAGAGCAGUUUCGCACGAGACCAAUGAAAUCCCGGUUCGAGCACAAAGGGGAUGGUAGCCAGAUCGAUGCAGCCGCCUGUGUUGCACACGCACGGUCUUUGAGUUCUCCGAAGCAAAAUAACGCCGCAUGCCAAGUCGUCAGUUUGCACAAAGAACUUUUCAGAUCUAGACAAAGGUACACAUAUAUAUUCUGCCCCACAACAAAAUUGAGUACAAUCGACUCUAGUAUCUCUGUACACAGAAGGAUGGGCAAGCAUGGCAAGAAGCGGCAGCAGCAGUCCGGGAGUACUGGGAGGCCCGUGCUGGUGACUUUCUACGUGACGAGGCCGAGAAGAAAAGACGGCGGCAGCGUGUCCACGGCCUCGUCGCGCAACGUCCAUCGACACCACCACGAUGUGCAUCACCAUCACCACCACCACCACCACCAUCACCAUUUGCGCGGCGGCAGCAGCGACGAAGUGCGGCGGCAGAACCCCAGAUCCUACGACCGACGGUUGGAUCUGCUGGAGUACUCGCGGCAGCUGAGAGCCACGGCUGCGACGCCGCCGCCGCCGCACCCGAAGCCUGCUCCUCCACGCCACAGCACCAAGACGGUUGGUAAUUAUGGCGACCAGGUGCCGCAACCCAAGCCUCCUGCUCCUGCAGCCGAUGGUCGUAGGCAGCUGGUUCGACGACGGCUAGAGCGCGCGAGUAGCCAGCAUAUCAGUCAGAGCUGCUUGGGCGGAAACUGGAGCUGGAAGAGAGUGCUCACGCUUGUGCUGCCCUGCCAUAGCAGCAGCACUCAUCAGUCCUCCUCUACGAGUACGAGGUCAAGGACGAACCGCAGAGAUGACAAGGACGGCAAGGAUAAUAGGAAGGCCAAGUCGUGGCCGGCUGCGGUUGUGCUGGUCAGCAAGUUGAAGGUUCACAGGAGGAGAUCAAGGAGCAGGAGGAGCAGCACUGACGAUAAUGGAUUGGUGAAGAAGCUCUUCUCCAUGUUUCGACAAGAAUCGCGAUCAACUCGUUGACGAGGAAAUCGACACAUGCACAUGCAUGAAUCGGUGGCAUGUGGAAGAGUUUAACUCACGGUUGUGAAUUGUGAUUCUGAACUGCAUCACCCACUGAGCAGGGAUGUCAACCAAGAGGUCUUCGUGGGCUGCGCCUCUCACUGAAGGCAGCCUGCUGCCGUUUGGGCCAUCUGAUGCCCGUGGGCCGCACGCUGAUAACUUUCAGUUUUGUUUUUUGAGAAUCCGUUCAGUUUUUUUUAUGUUGCUGAAUGACGGCGUAGACAGAAGAUAAGGCAAAAACAAAUCAACAGCUUCUUUCAGUAGUCUAGCUUUUGAAGACAUGAGGUGCUCCCUAGUUCAAGUUAUACAUGGAAGAAAUUUAUAUUGACUAUUGCUAUGUUUCUACGCUUC